GCUUCAUUCACAAAUUCGAUCAAACAAAGGAGUGGGCGAGCCGGGGCCGUGAGCGAGGCCAAUGGGGGACCGGCCCCGGGCCCACGGCGGCCUCGGAGCGGCCACGGGGCGGCUCCGCCGGCGGCUCCGCGUGGGCCGGGCCCGCCGGUGCUGAGGGACGGCUCCGGACCGGACCCGAUCCCUGUCCCGGGGCUCGUCCCGGCCGGGCUCGGUCCCGCUUCGCAUCCCAAGUUUCGGUGACGCAGUCGCCGCCUCUCGCGGGUCGCGGUCCUGCCGCUGCUGCGGAUCCCGGCCCGGUUCCCCUGCCCCGGUAGCCCCCAGAUGCCCCAGGAGGAUGAAGGGGUACCUGGACCAGCAGGUGCCGUUCACCUUCCCGCAGCAGCAGCCCCCGGGCCCGGCGCUGCCCGCGGGCCGAGCCGUGCUGGGCGCCGCCAGGACUCCCGGGGAACCGGCGGUGCCGCCGGAGCAGGACUCGGAAGAGCUCUUCCAGGACCUGCGGCAGCUCCAGGAGACCUGGCUGACUGAAGCUCAGGUUCCAGACAAUGAUGAGCAAUUUGUGCCUGACUUCCAUUCAGAAAACUUAGCUUUUCACAGUCCUCCUGCUAAGAUCAAGAAGGAGCCCCAGAGCCCCUCGGAGCUGUCCUGCAGCCACGAGCAGCCACUCCAGCACAACAGCAAGCAGUGCCUUUAUGCCAGUGCCUAUGACCAGCCCAGACAGUCCCCCAGCCCUGGAGUCCUGAUUCAGCCAGCACUGCAGCAGUUCCCCAGGCAGGACAGGAGCUUCCUGAGCCCUGCAGGGCCACCCAGCUCCGCCUCCAGCUGUGGGUUCCUCAGUGAGAACAGCUCUGCCUAUCAGCCAGCUCUGGAGAUGUGCCACCCCUUCCCACCCUCCCAGGAGGACCCCAUUGCCUACCAGUGCCUCCAGCUCCCCCAGCAGGGCUUCAAGCAGGAGCAGCAGGACCCCCAGUACGAGGCAGCAGAGCAGGCAGGCAGCAGGCAGCAGUUCCCAGCAGCUGUGCUGGUCAAGCAGGAGCAGGUGGAUUACCUGUACGAGCCAGAUGUUCCUGACUGCCCUUCCAUGUACAUAAAUGCUGAGAGCUACCCCAGCCACUCAAACACAGAAGAUCCAUUAGGCUGCAGCUAUGACAAAGACAUGAGGCCCUUUGCUGAUGAUGUCUGUGUUGUUCCAGAGAAAUUUGAAGGUUGGAGAAAGAAAGGCUUGGAGUUUUGGUCAGGAGACAUCAAGCAGGAAGGUGGAGGGUACAGGGAAGGACCCCCCUACCAGAGACGGGGCUCGCUGCAGCUCUGGCAGUUCCUCGUGGCCCUCCUGGACAACCCCACCAAUUCCCACUUCAUUGCCUGGACUGGGAGAGGAAUGGAGUUCAAGCUCAUUGAACCAGAGGAGGUGGCCAGGCUCUGGGGGAUCCAGAAGAACCGUCCAGCCAUGAACUACGACAAGCUGAGCCGGUCUCUGCGCUACUACUACGAGAAAGGCAUCAUGCAGAAGGUGGCUGGGGAGCGCUAUGUGUACAAGUUUGUGUGUGAGCCCGAGGCUCUGUUCUCCAUGGCCUUCCCCGAGCAGCCGCGGCUGAAGGCGGAGCUGGAGCUCAGCGAGGAGGACACGCUGCCCCUGUCCCACCUGGGGGACAAUGGCUCCUACCUGCCUGAGCUUGGCAGCUUCCCUGCACAGCUCUACAGCAAAGGCUACACCUACUAGCACUGCUGGGAGCGCUGUGUGCAGGGAUGGAUGGUUGGUGGUCAGCUGGUGCCAGCGUCGGUUCAGCCAGCACUGAAAUCUGCAGCCCUGCUCUGGUCAGCAGGAGUGCUCAGAAAGCACCUGGCAGCACACAGGGCUCUUGUGUGCUUGUGAUAAAACCCUUGUUGUGUCAGGAUGGGGCAGGUUCUCAGCUGUGCAGAGAUCUCAGGUGAUUGGUGCCUGCAGAUGUAUCAAACCUGUCACAAUCCCCUCAUUGCAGAGGGAGGGGAUGCUGUCCCACCAGGGCUUUUUUCGUUCAGAAAAAUGAGAGAAACUAUGAGAAUGUUACCACGCUGCUGCUGACUCUGUUCCUCCUGUACAUGUCCAGACCCUCUGCAUGACCUGCUUUCAGCUCUGACCAGAGGAGCUCACUCUGAAAGGCCACUUAAGCCUUCCCAGGAUGGCUGCAGGACAAUGGUCCCAGACCUUGUGCCUUCCUUGAGGAAUACUCAUUAAUUAUCCUGUACCUGCAUGCUCCUGCCCUAUCACCUCCCUGCCCAUGCCAGCAGUUUCUGGUAUUCAGGCCCUCUGAGCAGGGCAGGUGGAGGCCUGGGCCAGGAUCCUGCACUCCAUGGCCCAAAGGCAUUCAGGGGAACCACAGAGAUUUAUUGCCCUGCUCUGGGGCACAGCUCAAAGCCAGUGCCUCGUCCAGGAUUGUGGGAAGCAGCAAAGCCUGAGACACAGCUCAGUGUAGUGGUGUGGCUUUUCCAAACUGAGAAAGUUCUUCAAUAAACACUCUCAGGAUAUUUGAAGAGCUGCCAGGCUCUGGAGUGUGCCCAUCCUGAGCUUGGCUAGAGAAUUGUCUGAGGCAAGAGGUGUGAUUGAAUUUAAUCACACCUGGUGGAGGUGUGAUUAAAAAAUGCUAUACAAAGUAACCUAAACCAUACAUAGAUCUUAAUAUAGGAAUUCAGACUUAAACUCCACAGAUAUUUGCAUGUUUGAGGGGAACUCAGAUGUGUUGAAAAGGCAGCUCUCUCUGCAGUCCAAUGCAGCACAUGCAACUUCACUAAACUGGCAGGUUUUCCACAACAGUAAAUGUUUAUAUUGGAUACCACAUCCUGAUUAAGAGGUGUUUAAUUUUUUAAUUAGCAGCUCCACCACGUUCCCAGUUAGACAAGGAGCAGUACAGUGCACUCAUACAGAAAAAGUCUCUUUCCACUGCUUCAGAUUGAUGUUUCAGCUGCUGAAUACAGAGCAUUGCCAAUCCUGCCAGCAUGGUAGCCUGUAGAAAAAAAUCUGUAUAUUGACUGAAAGCCUGAUUUCCCCUGAUGACUGUCCCCUGCAUGGCUAAUGCCAACCCUCCCAGCCUCAUCCCUGAGUGCAAGAGCCAUGGAAGGCAGCACUCCCUGCCUGAGGAGAGGCCAGACCCUCAGAGCAGUCUGCUCUUCUGCUGCCUUUGGUGUUGUGACAGUUCUGACCCUCCUACCUUGCCCUGCACCUCCCUGGCCAGCACAGCUCCUGUGCUGCCCCAGAAGUGAGGGUGGAGGGGAACCCUUCCUUUGGUAUAAGCUGCCUUUACUAUUUAUGAGUGUAAAAAUAUUAUCAUUAAUAAAUUGGUCUGUCUUUGGCCAGUGCAACCUCA